CAGUCAGGAAAGGUUAAAAGAGCCUGAUGGCUCGGCAGGUCUUGAAGAACUAACCUGUGGGAAUUUGUUGUGCUUCUGGCGUCCAGCUUGUUCAGCAGUUUAAUUAGUAAACAUUUUAAAGAAUUGAUGGAAGCUCUGAAACAGCGGACGCGUUAUGGACGCCCCAUUCCAUGGAAGGAGACCUACAGGAAGCGUUGUUUUGAAAGGCUAAAGAAUAGUCGCUCUCGACUGCUGGACAGAUACCGCCAGGCGGGAGAGAGCGAUGAGUCCGGUAAGGGAUCCAUGGUCGAGGAGAUCAUGCAGGAAGAGUGGAGUGCCCUGCAGACGUCUGACGGAAGCCUGCCAUCGCCUUGGAGCCACGUUGGCAUAGACUUGUUUGGAGCUGUAAAGCAAGACGAUGAGUUGGCGGUCCUUCAAGAAAUUCAACAAGAACUUCUAGCAGAAGAGCUUGCCAUAUUGGAGGAUUACCACAAGAACAUGCAGUUUGAGGAGCAGUCUUUGAUUGCACUGGUGGAGGGAAUGGAGAACACUAACCUCAUCAUCUGUCCUGUCUGUUUCACACACAAUCUGACUGUGACCAGCCAUUUCAUCUCUUGUUCUUGUGGCCUGUACAUCAACACUCUGGGCCGAGGCGUGAGCCCUGAGAUGCUGAGGUCUCUCCUGGAGCAGCAGGUCACUCAGCACACAGACUCCGAGUGCCCCCACAACCCCGUCUUCUCCAUGGUGACCAACAUGGACGGCUCCUCCAACCUCAUGGCCAGUUGUGGGGCUUGUGAUUACCUCUCCGUUGUUCUCUGAACACGUCCUGUCUGCUGGGCUCCAUUUUACGGAGUGUCUUCGUUUAGAAAAUCAGUUACAUUUCUGUGAAAUAGUACAGCUUUGACCCUCUUGCUAUAUUGAAAAGCACUACAGCAGAACCUUAGCGUGCACAGAAUGGGACUACGAUGUGUGUGCUUUUUGUAUCUGUGUUCUGUACUGAGCUUCGUGUGUUGGAGCUCAUUUAUUUAGGGGGUUGGGGGGGUGGGGGGUGGGUCUGUUCUAUGAAUGGGCCCGUAGUAUGUGGGGCAUCUGAACUAUGUGCCAAAAGGUAAACUUCAGACUAAUCCUCCUGAAACCUCCCUGUGUUUCAGUUGCAUUGCACCAUCCUCAGCUGCUUCCGUUUACAGUGUAGAUCAAAUGCACGCUAAUGAUUGUCCGUCUUAUUUAUCUGUAUGUCACUACUUUUAAAGAUUUAAUAAAGAUGUUAUUUUUAACUAAA